UCUUCGUCUUUGCUAACAAACAUUUGUGUCUACUGUGAGAAAUGCUCAUGGCCACUGUAUAACGUUCUCAGGAGAUGUUCCCAGAGUCAAUGGCCAGUUAGCCGCUUCACGUGCUUUCGGAGACAAAAGCCUCAAGUCACAUCUGAGUUCAGAUCCAGAUAUACGCUCCGAAGAUGUGACUGCUGACAUCGAUCUACUGAUCCUUGCGAGUGAUGGCUUGUGGAAGGUAAUGAGCAACGAAGAGGCAGUGGAUAUUGCUAGAAAGUACAAAGAUCCACAAGCAGCAGCAAGGCCGCUGGCAACGGAAGCAGUGAACAGUGUCAUCAAGGAUGAUAUCUCUUGCAUCGUUGUUCAACUAAGGGCAUAAAGAUUAUCUAACUUGUUGUCGAUUAUUAAAUAUUGCCAGGAAGCGAUAACGACCGGAAGACAACAAGGGAAACGCGGGGCGCACGGACUGAUCGCGAGGCCGCUGCCACCGUUACGCCGACGGGAUGCCACGCUGCCUCAACUUCACCCUCGCCCGGGACCGAUGCCACCGCCGUGUCUUCCUUGCGGCCGGCCUCCGCCCUACCUCCACUGCGCUCUUCGACGGGGCCACCGUCCACUGCUGGGUUCCCUCCCGACCCGAUCUCUCCCGCACCCCACUCCUCCUCAUUCACGGCUUUGGCGCCACCGCCAUAUGGCAGUGGUCCGUCUAUAUCCGCCCCCUCCUCCGCGCCGGAUUCGACCUCUACGUUCCCGACCUUCUCUUCUUUGGCGCUUCCUCCUCCCUGGGCCCAGAUCGCUCCGAGUCUUACCAGGCUCGCUGCGUCGCGGCCGCCAUGGACGCUCUCGGCGUCCGGCGUUUUUGCCUCGUGGGAGUGAGCUAUGGCGGGUUCGUGGCGUACCGAUUGGCGGCGAUGUAUCCUGCCGCGGUGGAGCGGGUAGUGCUUUGCGGCGCCGGCGUGUGCCUCGAGGAGCGUGAUCUCGUGUCGGGGCUCUUCGUCGUGUCGGACGUAGGGGAGGCGUUACAACUUCUGCUUCCCCAGCGGCCGGAGAAUCUCCGACAGCUUGUCCGUCUUUCCUUCGUCCGGCCGCCGCCGGUGUUGCCGUCCUGCUUCCUCCGGGAUUACAUACAGGUGAUGUGUUCAAAGCAUCGGAAAGAGAAGACAGAGUUGAUCUAUACUUUGGUUAAAGAAAGGAAACUCACAGAUCUUCCAAGGAUUACCCAGUCUACUUUGAUACUCUGGGGAGAGCAAGAUCGAAUUUUUCCAUUAGAAUUGGGUCACAGAUUGAAGAGGCAUGCUGUUAAUCUUGAGAAAUCAAAAGAUAUUUGUCAGCAUAUAAUAAGAUUUUUUCAUGAUUCUCCCACAAAAAAUUACAAUGGGCAGCAAGCACCUCUACUUUCAGACGCAGUAUGAUCACCGAGUGAGUUUCAAAUACUGACCUGUAUUCAAUAAUCAAAGAAGAUGAAGAUGGUAUGAAGCAUACAUUCCCUCCAUGCUCAUCAUAUUGUUACUUGAGCCGACCUUUUAGGUUUUGCUGAGCUAGGUUCUACGGCUAGAACCUUACGAAGACAUCUCUUUGUAAAUCAUGCAGAGAUUUGAUACAACAAAACUCCAGCAUCUCCAACUACUGUUGUGUUAAAUUAGUGAAAUUGCAUUUCAUGACGAACAAGGAUUGUUGUGACUACUUGUGCAAUUUUUGUCAUUGUUAUACAAAGAUACAAUUUUGUGAA